GGAUCACCUUAUGCCCUUAUAUGUGUGUUAGCAGUACAUGUGUGUACAUAAGACUGUGUUGCACCAACACAAGUGAACGAUGUCGAACACUAGGCUUCUUCCACUAGCUGAACUUGACUCAUUGCAUCCUUUCGAAGCAAUUGUUUAUGGAUCUUUUUUGAUCAAUGGUUUCGAAAUAUAAUAUCAGAUUUUACAUCGUCUCCUGACAAGGUUCUUGUGGUUAUUAUCAGUCUUGUCCAUGCUUCCAUCCUUAUCAUAAGGCUGAUAUCUAGACCAGUUAUUCAUCGAAUGCUACUUUCACCGUAAUGUGUCGCGCCAUAGCAUAUCAUUAUGCUUGCCCUUGUAACCGCACUGACCGCAUCCGUCUUUCGAAAUGCCUUUCCUGGCGUCCAUACGGCUCCACCGGGCUGCGAUACACUUUCAAGUCAGACACUUCCGCCAACCUGGUAGGAUCAUCUGCCUUGGAGACAACCACGGAAAUGGACGCCUCUGUCUCACACCCUUUCACAUCAGGAACAUACCCCCGAAACGCACCCUGCUGUGGCUACGACGAUGUAGAACCCCUGAUCCUGCAACUUUCGACACCAUGCCCUACCUGCCACGCAAACCUAGCUCUCGUCGCGCCCCGACGCGCUGAAGCUGCCGCACGAGACGCAUACACGUCUGCCUGGGCGCAAUAUAAGCGGUCAACAAGCACACGGGCGGCGGGAAAAUGUGCACCUAGAACUGAGCUUGAGAGCCAGUCCGAACGGAAGGCGAUGAGUAUGUUUAAGAUGGAGUUAGACAGAGCUGUGGACGCAAGGGAGAAAGCGGAGUGGCGUGUGCGGCGGAUGUGGCCGACGGAGCGGCGUGAAGGAAGGUUUGCGCAUGAGAGGUGGAAGGUCAAGGUGGGAAGGAGUGGGUUGAGGCGCGAAGUUCGGGUGGAAGAUGUUGUUGUCAAGGGAGACAGGGGCUGGGGGAGUACGGGGUGGGAUGUGCUUAGUCACAUUGAUGCAGAGAGUGUAGAGGAAGAGAAUCAGGUCGGGGAAGAGAGGAGACUGAGUGAUCAAUACCUCGGGGAGGGUAACGUUGAAGGUGCUGAGGUGCCGGAUUGGAAUCCACCUGUCGACGACACUGGGACAAUAAUACCUGGCCAGGAAAUGGAUGAUGUAUGGGAAGCGAGCACCGCGACAGAGAGCUCACGAGACUUCCUCACCGCACGAACAAUGUUCAAUACUGAUGCAGGGAGUCUUUACUGGCCUAUUCAAGACGGUCACAACAUCAAUGGUACCACACGUAUUCCAUGUGCUGUCCUCGGGACCGCAGAAGAUUCGCCGGUUAUGAAUGGCGUGGAUGAAAGCGCUUGGCUGUGUGGUGAGGAUGGCACAGAUGAGUGGCCUGCUGAAAUAGAAACAGAGGAAGAUGUCGGAGCAGACCGGGUAGUGGAAAAUGCGAAUGGAUGGCAACUGUUUUAUAGCAUGAGGCUGUGCUAGCGUUUUCAAUGGCCGCUUCAGAAGAGGGAAAGGCACGCAGGGCUUUACCUGAAGAAAGUACGUUGUGUAUCACGAGUGGACACUCCUAAAACUCAUGUGUUAGUGCCAGCUGCAUGGAGUUG